AUGGCCGCCGCCCGCCGCCGACUGGACCAGCAACGGCGCUCGCUAGCUCCAUCCGAGCUCGCCCGCCGCGCGCUGCAACAGAGGGAGAGGGGGGAGAGGGAGGCGCCGCCGGCUGAGGACAAACUUCCUGCGUUUCUCAGAAUCUACCGGGAUACACUUAUUACUGUUAUGAAAGCUUCAAUCAAGGCCACAGUUGCAGAGUUGCUUCCAGUUUUAACUGCCAGACCAAUAGAUUUUGAUUCAGUAACUGGAGACAGGGCUGCUGAUGCUGACGCUGGAGGCCAGUCCUUAGCAAAUAAGUUGCGAACUCUGUCAUCUGAAGGGUUUGUUCAACUUUUGUCCGCCAUUUUUAGGAUAGUACAGGUACAUUUACAGCAAGCAGCUGAAGUGAAAAGAAUAGUUGAGUGGAUCAUGGGGAACCUUGAUGGAACCUUAAGUGUUGAUGCUAGCAAUCCUACAGCACAACAUGGUGGUUAAGUUGUUUCUACUAUUUCCCAAGAGAAUGGCUACAAUGUUUCUUCACGGAUCUCUAGUACUCUUACACGGAGUACUUCCAAAGUCCUAUUUGUCCAAGGAAAAGCAAAUGAUUUGUCCAUCAUAAAUUCAAUAAAGAAUGUCCGGUAAGUUUUUCUUAUUUUGCAA